AUGUCAGUGAAGAUGAAUGUCUACGACCUCUCCGAGGGCAUGCUGAGCAAGCUGGGCGGCGUGAGCAACGGCGCGGGCGGUAUCUGGCACAGCGGCGUCAUCAUCGAUGGGAAGGAGUACAGCUACGGCCUCUCCGGCGUCCAGUAAGCACACAUGCACUCGCACCGGAACAGCCCCGGCUUGAGACAUGCAGGACAGAGGCGCAUGUUGUGUUGUGUGUGUCUUUCUGUCUGCGUCAGAGUGACGAAUGUGGAGAACAGCUGGCCCGGCCCUGAGCUGCUGCGCGACUCGGUCGUGCUGGGCGAGUGCAAGCGUCGCCCGCAGGAGAUUCAGGCCUUUCUCGAGGCAGCCAAGGGGCGAUUCGCACCCGACAAGUACCAUCUCACCAAGAAUAACUGCAACGCCUUCACAGAAGAGUUCUGCAAGUGAGUGAGGCAUGGGCACAACGAGGCUGGGUGCAGGGAGGGAGGGAGGGCGGGUCCGUGAGUGGACUUGGUGCUGUGUGGGUGCCGUGUGCGUGCAGGUAUGUGUGUGGGAGCGGUCUCCCCUCGUACAUCAGCGAGUUGCCCAACCAGCUCAAGGCCAGCCCCAUCGGCCAGUCGGUCGAGGUAUUCGUCGACGGACUCAACGACGGCAUGCAGACCGCCGCUCGUGCCAAAGACGGUGGGGCAAACACAUGUACACACACACACACUCCAUUUGCUGGUGUGGUGUUUCCCUUCAGGUUCCAAGUUGGUGAGCACGGUGGGCCGCAUGACGGCGGCAGCUGCAUCGGGUGGCGUGGCCCAGGCGCUGCAGCUGUCCGAGGAGGAGGCCGCCCGCAAGCUGCAGCGACUCAUGAAGCGCAUGCUCAACAACACACGCACAGGGCAGACCCUCAAUGGAAAGUAAGCACAGAAGACGACCGACCGACACACAGGAGCGCUCAGAAAUUGACGCUUUUGUGUUGCUGCGGUCAGGAUGAAGGGUUCAUACGAUGGCGCCAAGGCGGCCUUCUGGAAUGCGGUUCGCGACCGUGCCUUCUACCUGUCCAAGCAGCGUGCGAUGGGCGGCAAGCCGCAGGACCAUCUCGAGGACUACUACCAGGUGCCUCGCCUCACACACCAGCGACACACCGACACGUAACAUGGACGUGUCAAUGUGUCAGGCGCUGCACGAGGCGACCCGGCAGAUCCCGCGGAGCAACCCCUUCUGGACAAGGGUGGCCGAGCGAGCAUACUAGUCAUACCUCAAGGCACGCACACACACUGGACAUACACACAGGGGCUGGAGUGCAGAGGAGAGAGUGCGACUGUGUGUGUGUGUUUAGGACCGUUCGAGUUCUGCGGACGCCAACUGGUACGGCGCCAUCGAGAGCGAGCUCGCGGGAGACGUGCCGGUGGCCACCAACUGA